CUCUUCGUGUAUUAAGUAAAAAGUUAAACUUCCAUCUGAUGUCGGUGAAUUAUCCGACUUUGGAGGAAAACGUGACCUUUAAUGUUCAGAAAGAAAUCGCCGGGAUGUUGAGAUUCCAAAAAAACGUUAUUUAUUCCCGACAUCUUCGAUUCUUUGAUAUAGAAACCUUCGGGUUUGGGACCCCAAUUUACAUCAAUAUUAUACGGGACCCAAUUGAUCGGUUCGUCUCGCAUUAUUAUUACAGCAGGCAUGGAUUUGUGAAGAAUAAUGGGACAGUAAAAGUAGAAUGGAGGCGGAGUGUUAAUGAUUUGACUUUGGACGAAUGUAUGAAACAAGACGUUGACAAAUGCAUCCAAGAAAAUAACAAUGGAUCAGCACUGCGUUAUUUCUGUGGCAACCACCCUGUAUGUAGAAACUACAACAAUAUAAGUUUACACAUAGCAAUGUACAAUGCAGCGAAAUAUUAUACGACCGUCGGUUUGUUGGAGGAAAUGGAAAACUCACUAAAGGUUUUGGAAGCUUUGCUACCGAGGUAUUUUAAAGGAAUUGCAGCAACCUUGCACGCUUCUAAAGAAAUCGAAGGCACCAAGACUUUGUAUAAGAAGAAACCGUCCAAAGAAACGGAAACAAAACUGCGAAGGAUUUUCGCAUUUGAGAUCGAGUUUUAUCAGUUUGUGAGAGAAAGAUUCCAUCAACAAUUAUUUAAGUUAAGAAAGAUGGGGAGACUGUAACUAGAAGCUGCCUGCUAUAACUCGACAGUGAGCAUGAGGGGCAUGGAUGUAUCAUGUGUGGUAGAUAUAGCGAUCUAUAUUGUUACUCGACAGCGGGCAUGAUGUCCCGCUUAUCUGAGUAAAACUCGUCAAAAACCAAACAAAUUAAAAUGAAUCUGUAAAUAAUGUUAAAUUUUACUUUAUACAAUACAGGGUACCUUAAAAUACAAUAUAGGUUACAUGGGUACACAAUAUAUCAGCAACCUAACCUGGGUUGAUAAUAAAAUUCAAUUUGUCCUUGAAAAAGAUAUAGGGUUCAAAUCUAAGGCAAGGGUGAC